AUGCUGCAGAAUUUCCUGUGGAAGAACCGCAGUCCGCAAGAUUCCAUGGACAUGUCGGUUUCGUAUUGUUGUGAACCCUUGGAGGAAAUUUUUUGUCCGCAGUGCCAGAAACGGACGAGCGUGCCGUGCUUUUCGCAUGCGAAGCGCAUACUGGAUACGGCGGUGAUUGCCUAUUCUGUGGCCAGUCUGCCGUCUGUCCUGUACCUGGAUGUUCCUCCAGAUGGCCGGGCUGACAAAGCCGUCUUCGCCAAAGACGCCAUUCCACCGCUGGCAAUUUUCGGCCCGUUAAUCGGCGCCCUCAGCAAAUGUAAACCGGCGGAUGUUGCCUUCGCCUGCCGCAGUGCAAUGAGAAAGGGACUGCAGUAUUUCGAUCUGCAAUCGGAUCAGACGACCAACUGGAUGAAGUUUGUUCGAUUUGCGGCGAAUUCGGAUGAACAAAAUUUGGCUGCCUAUGAGGUCCGUGACACUUCGGCGCUUUUAUCGUCGCUGGAUGCCUCGUCGCAUACGCGCACCCAUGUGAUAUUCGUGGCUACGAAAACCAUCCUUCCCGGCGAUGAACUGAAAGUGGCUUUCUCUCGCGCUUACGCACAGGCUUACAGCUACUCCAUACCGCUACCGAAUUCGCAAAAGAAUCACCUGCCAGAUUGUGGCACGGAUGCAUGUGAACAGAAUGAUAACGAAUCCACGGUAAAAAAAUUUGUGAGAGGUACUCGACGUGAUGCGGCACCAAGCGCGUCAACGUACGCCCUCCAAAACAGCGCGGAUCAGAAGCCCAAGGUCUUAGACGUGAGGGCGAGAAAGCGCAAAAAGCUGUCGCCAUGCCCGUCCAUGGCCCUACCCAGUUUCUUGCCACGGGAUGAGGAAGUCAACACGAAUUUGCAGAACGAUUUGGGGGAUGUUGGUGCUUGCGCGGCAUCUGGUUUGCCGGUGGAGCAAGAAGUUGAUGCAAUUAUCACGGAUUUUCUUGGUGCAGGAAACGAUGAUACUGAAGCGUGUACUGCGGUUCUGGAGCUACCGCUGGUGCCGGAUGAUAGUUGUGAAUCAUCGCCAACCGCCGUACAAGAAAACGUUGCUAAACUGGAUGUUGUGAAGGAGAUGGGUAGUUUAAAAACAAGGGCACAUCUUGCAUCGCGUAAGAGCGGGGUCUGCUUGGUGUGCGGCGAACGAGCGCGAAAUCUGCCCGACCAUCUGGACAAGAAACACUCCGAAGAGGAUGUGCUAACCGUUGACGAUGCGUGCUUCUUCUGCCACAGAAAAUUCCAGAACCCGCUGGCAUUGGCCUCCCACUUGGGGCAUGUUCAUCCCGCCAAAGGAGCCGUGCCGGAUGAAUCCACGCGCGCCGCGGCGCUGCAGUUUAUGCGCCGCACCGGUUUGCUGAAUUACCGCUGUGCCGACUGCAACGCGUUCUUUACCAAGAAAAACCUCCUGGAUUUACACAGCUUCAUGCAUAAUCCCAUUCCUCCUCACGUGGAGCAGGAGCGGAAGUGCCCGGAAUGUCUGUUUGCAGCGCGGAGUUUCGCCCAUCUGGUGCAGCACGCUUCACAACACAUGGUCUCGAUAAAAAGCCGCUAUCCGUGCGUAUUGUGCGGUGUCGGGUUGCGCGGGCCCCCGAACGUACACAUGAAGCGGAAUCAUCCGGAAGCGAUGAAGAUGACGAUGGAGACGUGGACGUUCGAGUGCCCGGAGUGCCGGCAGAAAUUCGCCAAGACGCUUGAUCUGAGUUUUCACGUGUAUCAGAAACAUAGAGGAUGGCAGUGUGUGUAUUGCGGACACCGGCAGUCGCAGGGAUGGAAAUCAUUUAACCAACAUCUCAUGAAACAUGCCAUCGAUAAAUCAUUUCCUUGCUUGGCUUGUGAGGAAUCAUUCAAGCAGUACCAUCAACUGUGUAAUCAUAUUCGGGAUUGUCACGGCGCGGAGUCAGUACAGUAUGCAGAUAUGGCUCCAGCGAAGGUCGAUACCGCGACGACAACUGUGUCGUCCGCCACGGUGGACCGUGCGAUUGAGAUUAUCCGCGCGACGGAAGUGUUCGCCUGCUACUGCUGCGAAUGUCAGGAGAAUUUCGCCAGUAUUGAGUUGCUCGAUCUGCAUAAUAUUCAGCACGAACAGCCGAAGAAUCUGGACGACGAUCCGCGUCGUCAGUGUCCGGCUUGCCCGUUCCAAGGAGCGAGUUUCGCCGAAUUAAUACAGCACACGGCGCAGCACGAAUUACGCAAAUCGGAGCAGCGUCCGUGUAUGUUCUGCGGGAAGACGGUGAAGCGCGGCCGCAUGCGGGAGCAUGUGAGUGCGAAACAUCCGACCGAGAUGCAGCGGAUCACCGAAGACUGGGAGCACCAGUGUUCCGAGUCUCCCGACUGCCGGGAGAAGUUCAAAAGCCGAGGAAAACUGAAAUUCCAUAUUAAGACGAAGCAUAAGGGCUUCCAGUGUUGGUACUGCGCCAAGGUGUUCUACAACUCGGUACAGCUCAGCAACCAUGUUAUGGAUCACCGGGUGAACGGGGCAUAUCCCUGUCCCGCGUGUGACAAGAUCCUGCCGAGUUAUCGCAAAGUUACGGCGCAUUAUCGCGUUUCGCAUGAUACGACCGUGAAGAUGUGUAUGUAG